AUGUCGAAUAUGUCUGGUAGAGCUAAGAUCGAGGCGCUGUUGAAGCUCGCCAACGGGGCAGCGCAAGAGGCCAUGGCGCUGUACGAGCAGGACGGGAUGGAAGUGCCUUCCAUUGACUCGACAGGCCCGCACCCACUGGAUAACGCCAUGGAUACUGUGGCACUAAAGAUGGCCAUACGAACACUAGAAGGUGCAUGCGGACAGAUAUGCUCAACACUAGCGCCUCCAUCCCAUACGGCGAUUAAUCUUGUACAAGUAUAUGACUAUGCAUGCAUACGCGUCGUGCUCCGGGAGAAUAUCUCUGAUAUUCUCGUUGACUACCCGAAGGGUAUUCACGUCAAUGAUCUCUCGAAGAUCAUCGACGUCGACCCACUCAAGCUAUCGCGUAUGCUGCGUCUCCUUUCAACCAGGGGGUGCUUCACUGAGGUCGACACGGAUGUCUUCGCCAACAACCGAUUGUCCCUCAUCCUCAACAGCUCGAACCCGGUCAGACACAUGAUCAGUCUUCACGUAGAGGCGUGCGCUAAAGGCGCUGGUGUCUACUAUGAAACCUUGAAAGAGCCCGGAUAUGCAUACUCGUACGAACCUUCGGCAGCUCCUAUCAUGCAUGCGAUAAAACCUCUGGGUAUCGAAGGCACGUUCUUCGAUUGGAUGAGAAUGGAUGAUGACAGACGAGUGAGCUAUCACACGUCGAUGAGGGGCUUAAACGGCAUCAUGGGUUCUCUCGCUGUCCUUACGCAAUACCCAUUCGAGAAAUUUUCCACAGUCGUCGAUGUUGGUGGUGGUAUCGGUGCCUUCUCUUUACCCUUGGCAAAAACUCACAAGCAUGUCAAUAUCACUAUCCACGAUCUUCCAGAGGCACUUGUACAAUCACGAACUACCUGGGCUAGAGACUGUCCAGAAGCUGUAGCUGAAAAUAGAGUCGAUUUCUUGCCUCUUAACUUUUUCGAAGAAGCACCUGUAAAAGGAAAGGAGAUCUACUACCUAAGAAACAUCAUCCACGACUGGCCAGACAAUGAAGCUGCACUUAUUCUUCGUAACGUACGGCAAGCGAUGGGACCCCAUAGUAGACUGCUCGUCCAUGACUAUGUACUUCGUCAACUCAGUCGCAAACAAGCAGAAGUAGAGGCAGAAACACUUGGCGCAACAAUCGCACCAGAGCCGAUGCUACCUAACUUCGGUGUGGGUAACAUGCGGAUGUACCAACAAGACAUGACUAUGCUCUUGCUGCACAAUGCGAAGGAGCGUACGCUGAGAGAUUCACUGGAGCUUGCUGAUUCGGCAGGACUCAAACUCGAGAAGGUCUGGGAUUUGGCUGAGGCGUAUGUUUUGGAGUUUGUCGUAGCAGCAUAG